AUAUCGACGUAGACAGGGAUGAACUGCAAUGGAGAUGCGAAUUAGUGAAUAAUUGCUUUGCGUUUAUGUUCGACGAAAUUAGAUACGAACUCGAUGGCGUUGAAAUUGAUAGAAACAGAAAUGUCGGAAUCACCAGCACGAUAAAAAGUUACGCAUCAUUGACAACCGAAAGGAGCAAAAGACUGCAGAAUGCCGGAUGGAAUGUUCAUUCAGCCAACAAUGCGAUACGUCUAACCGAUAAUUUGCGCAAUUUCAAUUUCUGCGAACUUCUGAAUAAGUUUUUAGGUUUCUGCGAAAAUUACAAACGCAUAGUGAUAAACGCACGUCACGAAUUAGUUUCGAUACGUGCCCGCAACGAUGUUGGUAGUAUUAUAGCUCAACCAACAUAUAGAAAUUCUAAACUUACAUUAUUAAAAGUACAAUGGCGCAUGCCGCAUGUGGUAUUGAACGAUCUGAACAAAUUAUCACUUUUGCGCACUUUGGAGAGCGGUCGGUAUCUAAGUAUGACCUUUCGCUCAUGGGAUCUGUAUGAAUUUCCUUUGUUGCAAACCUCAACGAAACAUUCGUGGGCGGUGAAAGCGGCGACGCAAUUGAAAAAACCGCGAUACGUGAUUUUCGCUGUUCAAACAGGCAGAACAGACGUCCCGACGGCGGAUGUUUUCAAAUUCGACGAUUGCAAA